UUGAACGGUUUGGAUCCACUCCUCCCGCGAAUAGAUGCACGUCUCUCUGGACUGGAUUUUGUGAGAUACAGACGAUCUAAACACAGUGAAUUAGUGAAUUUGGCUAGCUUAAGAUUACGGCUGCAGCUCUGCAACUAUGGGAUGUGGGCCUUCCAACUCGGCAGCAGUUCCAGUGGACGGUGAUAAUACAUCGAAUGGAUCGAAAGGGACUUACCCGCCACCAGAGGCCUUCGAGAUACCUCUGGACGUUGACAAUCCCGAGAGUCUCAUUAAAAAGCACCCACCGAAGCGACUCAAGCGUCUCGAGGAACGACCGACCACCCCCAAGAGCAUCGAGGAUCUGGAGGAGAAACUUGCCACCGCGGAAAUGAGACGUCAGCAGUUUUUGGCUAGCCGCUGUAAUAAAACAACCACGAUAGAGAAGGCAGAAAACGGAGAAAAUGCCGAUGUAAAUGUCAUCAAAGAAGAGGACGAGGGAGAAGGGGAAGAGGAUGAAAAUCUGGAAGAUAACAAAACUGAUGAGGCAAUUAUCAAUGAUCCCGAAACAGGAGAAGAAAAAAGUGAUAACAAUGAGAAAGGUUAA